UGCACAGCGCAUUGUCACUUAGGUGAACUAGAUGACGUUUUUGGCCAAUUUUCAGUUUUAUGAAAUGGUGCAAUACUAAGGGGGUAAGGCACUCAGGAAGAAAGAAAGAGGAAGCGAAGAACUUAAGGGGAAGAGCAGUUGGAGGGAUGGAGGAGAGGGGUGAAAGUGCCCCUUUCGCUCUGAGAUCGAAUGGGGAUGUCAGUCUGCAGGUCGCCAUGGAGACAGAAGGUGUUCCUUCGCCACCGCACUGUUCCGCCCCCCUCCCUGAACUCCGCUUGGUUCUGCUGGGCAGGAAAGGCACAGGCAAGAGCUCGGUGGGCAACACCAUUCUGGGAGGGACGGGGGGGUUCGAGAGCGGCAAACCCACAGGAUGUGUGAAGAGGCGGGUGGAUGUAGCAGGCAGGCGUGUCACCGUUGUGGACACACCGGGGUGGGAGUGGUACUACCCACUCAACAACACCCCCUGCUGGGUGCGUAGAGAGACCCGACGCAGUGUGACUUUGUGCCCUCCCGGCCCCCACGUUGUCCUGUUAGUGGUACGCUCCUGUGCCUCAGUCACAGAAGCGUACACCAGCCAGAUAGAGGAGCACCUGGGGGAUCUGGGAGCCCGGGUAUGGGACCAUACCAUGUUGCUGUUCACCAGGGGGGAUGAGCUGGGUGUGGUGCCCAUGGAGCAGAGGAUCCAAGCGGUUGGUGCCUUCCAGAAACUUCUACAGAGGUGCAAAAACAGGUACCACAUCCUGGACAACGGGAGCCGUGGGGACGGAGUCCAGGUGAAGGAGCUGAUGAGGAAGAUGGAGCAGCUGGUGGAAGACAACGCCGGCGGCCAUUUUGGUGCCGACCUGGGGCUUGUGGGUCUGGAGGUGGACGGGAGGAGGAGAGCGAGGGAGAGGAGGAAGAAGCAGAGGCAGAUGGAGGGACAGACCCAGAGGGCCGCCAUCAGAGCUGCUCUCAUGAGCGAUGGCUCCCAGCCCCCAGAGUGGGACUCGGUUCAGUCGUUCUCCAAGGGCUCCCGCCGCCUCCCCGAGCUCCGCGUGGUCCUGCUGGGCGAGAGAGAGACGGGCAAGAGCUCCACGGGGAACACCAUCCUGGGCGGGGCCGCCGGCGUCUUCCAGGCCGGCCGGGCCACCGAGGAGUGUGCCCGCGGCCAGGCGGAGGUGGCCCAGAGGCUGGUGACCGUGGUGGACGCUCCGGGCUGGGAGGGCGGCGUGGCCGGACCCACCCCGGAGAGGGUGAAGAGGGAGAUAGUGGGGAGCCUGUCCCUCUGCCCUCCAGGGCCCCAUGCCCUCCUCCUCACCCUGAGGGUGGACACCCUGGUCAGCGCCGCCCCGAUCAGGGCGCACCUGGAGCUGCUGGGAGGCGUGUGGAGACACACCAUGCUGCUGUUCACCCACGGGGACCAGCUGAGGGAGGGGUGGGCAUCCAGCAGACACAUUCAGGGAGGGGGCCGGGACCUGCAGUGGCUGGUGGAGAAGUGUGGGGGGAGGUACCACGUCAUCAGCAACGCGGGUGGGGGGUGUGGGGGCGCGGACGGGGACGUUGCCCAGGUGACGGGGCUCCUGGAGAAGAUCGAGAAGAUGGCGGCGGCGAACCGCUGCGAGGCCUUCUCCACUCUGGUCCACGAGGUGAGCGACCUGAGCCGCCAGAGGAACGAGAAGCUCCACCAGCGUCUGAAGGAGAUGGGAGACAAGACCCCGCAGGAAACGGAGCUGAAGAGAGUGCGAGAGAGGGAGGUGAAGAGCAGCUUGUUCUUCCGGAAAAAGAAAGCGACCAAAUCGCCCGGGAAGCCGGACCCCGACAGAGAGGAGGAGGAAGAGGAGGAGCGAAGGACAGACGGGAGGCCGAGCGACCCGGCCGAACUGGAGGAGAGGACCCGGUGGCUGACGGAGGACCGGGAGAGGGAGAUCCAGGACUUGACCGAGGAGAGAGACAGGAUGGCCACUGCCCUUCACCAGAUGGGCAGGGAGAGGGCGGAGGGGGGCAUCCGACUGCGGGAGGCAGAGGGAGAGCGGGACGAGUUGAGGGACAGGGUCGACGAGCAGCAGCUGAAGCUGAUCGAUCUGGAACGUCGGGGCUUGGAGAGAGAGCGGGAGAAGACGGAGAGGGAAGCGGACAUGGCGGCCAGGCUGGACGAGUGGAGGGGGGAAAGGGAAGCCUUUCGACAAAGGAUGGAGACGGAAGAGACGGAGAAGCAGGGAUUGAGGGAAAUGGUUCAAGGACUCAAGGUCAAGAUGGAGGAGUCUGAGCUGAGGUGCGAAGAGAGAAUAUCACGUCGGGAGGAAGAGAUGGAAAGAAAGUUGAUGGAAAAAGAGAGAGAGAUGGAACAGCUUAAACUGCGACAAGAGAAGGAGAUAGAUGGGCAACGGCAUGAACAGCAGAAAGAGAUCGAGCGCACAAGAGAACAGUACGAGAACGAGGCGGAAAGAAAAAUGAAAGAACAAGAGAAAGAGAUGGAAAGCAAGUUAGACGAAAAGGAGAAAGAGACCGAAAGGAAAGUGCAGGAGAACGAGGCUAAGAUGCAGACGAUGAAACAACGACACGAGAGAGAGAUUCAAGAAAAACAUCUAGAAAUUGAAAACAUGAAAAUACACCAUGAAACAGAGAUGCGAAAACGAUUGCAAAAAGAAGAGACAAGGGUAGAAGAAACCAAACAACAUUACGAAACAGAAAUGGAUAGAAAAGAGAAACAGGUGCAAGACAUGAAACAAUUGCAUGAGAAAGAGAAGAGGAAAGCUCUAGAAGAAAAGGGGAAAGAGUUUGAAGGGCUGCAAAAAUCCUAUGUCGAAGAGAUAGACCGAAAAGUCCGGGAAAAAGACAAAGAGUUGGAAGACAAGUUGCGUGAAAGGGAGAGAGAAUCAAACAGAACAGUUGAGGAGAGAGAGGAUCAGGUGCAAGCCGCGAAAAGAGAGAUGGAAAGCAAACUGCGUCAAAAAGAGGCAGAGAUGGAUGAAGAACGGCACAAGAAAGAGAAAGAGAUAAGAGAUGCGAAACAGCGGCACGAGAAGGAGAUGACUGAAGCACGGAAAGAAAAAGAAAACGAACUGGACAUGAUCAAACAUCGUUAUGAAAAAGAGAUGGGGGGAAGACUGCGACAGAAAGACGAAGAGAUGGAAGGAGUGAAACUCAAACGAGAGAAAGAAAGGAUGGGAUGGCUGGAUGAGAAAGAAAAUGAGAUGGAGGCAGUGAAACAACAUUACGAAAAGGAGAGGGAGAGAAGCUUACAGGAAAAGGAGGAAGACUUGGAGAGCAUGAAACGGCUGACUGACACGAAGGAGUCCGAAUGGAGGGAUGAAAAAAGACAGUUGGAGGAGAGAGGGGAGAAAGAAAUCCGAAGAUUGCGCGAGGUUGUGCAGAAGACAACCGAAGAAAUUGCGUGCAGUCAGGACUUAGUCACAUCAAAAGAACUCGAGCUAGAGGAGAUCAGGGAGAGAUGUGCAAACCACAUUCAGGAAAUCGAACGGCUCAAAGAAAACAACGAGAAGCUGACCUCUGAAAUCGUCGAGACACGGACGGAGAGCUCGGACAAAGAAAAGAAAAGAGACGUCGAAACACGGAAAGAACUCCAAGACAAAGACGAGCAGCUGGAUGCCUGGAAACGGACGGACGCGGAGAGAGAGAAAGAGAUCGCCCUGCUUCAGCAAACCAUCAAACAGACCAAGGCCGACCUGGAGAACCUGACCGCCAAGAUGGAGGAGCAGACGACCAGCAUGAUCCAGGGUUACGAGAGGGAGCUCGGAAGGAGAGAAGAAGAGAAAGAGAGAGCCGUCGGCCAGCUUCGGCUAAUGGAGGAGGAGUGCAAAGGUCACGUGUCGGAAAUCGCCGAGUGCUACGCGAGCAGUCAGAGGAGGGUGGAGGACCUGGAGAACGCCAACGCCAAGAUGAGGGACGAGCUGGGCGCCCUCAGGCAGGCGGCGGGGGAACACGAGAGGAUCUGGGAGGCGCGGUGGGCGGAGAAGGAGAGCCGGGAGGCCGAGAUCGGGGAGCUGAUCCGCGGGCACGAGGAGCAGGUGCAGGGCAAAGCGGAGGAGAUCCAGAGGCUCAUGCAGGUGCUGGACGCCGAGGUCGCCACGUUGAAACUGACCAAUCAGGCCCAGCUGGGAGAGGUGGAGAGACUGAGGGAGGGGGAGAGGGAGACAGAGAAAGAGUUCAACGAGAUGAGGCGGCAUUGUGAGGGCGGAGAGAGGGGUGAGGGAGAGGAGGGAGGGUUCUUGGGGAAGGAGACCGGGGCCGAAGACGGCAAACGAGAGCCGGACCUGACCAGAGGAGCGUUGACCAGGAGAGGUUGUGAACUCCGGUCGAAAGAGGAAGAGCUGGUCAAACGAGAGGCAGAGUUAGAAAGGAGAGAACGAGAACUGGAGCUGCAGGAAGAACGUCGGGAAACGAGAGAGCGAGAGCAGGAGAAAACAGAGCGAGAGUUGAGAGAAAGGGAACACGGUUCGAAAAACGGAGAAAGAGAAGAGCUCGCGAACGGGAAGGAGGAGUUCGGGAAUCAACGCACGGACGACAGACGGCGGGAUGUGGAGGGAAUGCAGGAGAACUUAGGACACCAACGGGAAGAGCUAGGAAACAGGGAGAGAGAGGUAGAGGAAAAGGAGGAAGAGCUGAGGAAAUGGCAGGAGGACCUAGAAAGACGAGAGACUGAGCUGGAGGGAAGAGGGGAGAGAGAACUGGAGAACGGAAACGAGGGAGUGCAAAACAAGAGGUCAGAAGUGAACUCUUCUGAGAAAGGUCUAGCAAAAGGAGCCUCCCGGUCGAUGACCGGAGAUGAGCCAAAAUGCACCAAUGAAAACCACGACAGCAAAGAUGGGUACGACCUGCCAGAAGGGUGUGGUGUCACUUCAAGCUCCACAGAAGGCGGUCAUGUGACGUACCAGGAAGUAGGGAUGUUGGAGGUGAGAGGACGCCGAGGGGAGUCCGAGAGAGACGGAAACACUGCACUGUCUACGAUAACAGAAUCAUCAUCAGCUCUGGUCAGCUGUGAGCUUGACAGGACAAAGGAGGCAGAGGAGGAAGAGGAGGAGAGACAGAAUGGUCUUGACAGGAAGAUGAAAGAGAAAGAGAUGACGGAGGAUGAGUUAUGGAGGGAGGGUGACAGAGAGAGGGAGAGAGCGAACGGAGGGGUGGAGAUAGGGGAAGAACAAAGGAAAGAAGAACGAGAGGUUAUCAGGAACUCAUCUUCAAGGCGAGACCAGAGGGAAACAAACAGUGACUACAUCCCCGGUUCAGAGUUGAGACUGGUGCUGUUAGGGGAGUCCUGGUCCUCUCGUUACCUGGCCGGAUGCACCAUUCUGGGCAGAGAUGCCUCAGGCCCAGAGGGGUCCACCUCCAGGCCGUGGCGAGGUCAGGUAGCCGGGCGGCAGAUCAGAGUGGUGGAACCACAAGGACUGAGGUGGCGGAAUGGGCCUGACGUCACCGAUGUGAAACCGAACCAGAACAUUCUACAUUGUUUGUCACUGUCCCACCCUGGACCUCACGCUCUCCUCCUGGUCAUACCGGCCUACCUCAGCUUCACACGCAUGUACAGGAGCGCCGUGGAACAGCACGUGGGCUUGCUGGGGGAAGAUAUUUGGCGACGCACCAUAGUCCUGUUCACCUGGGGGGAAGCUUUAGGUGAGAGCGUGGCGCAGCAUAUCAUGAGGAGCGGGGAUUUAACUUGGCUUGUGGAGAAAUGUGAGGGCAGGUAUCAUGUACUGAACAGCAAGAGACAAGUGUCCCAAACAGAAGAACUGAUGGAGAGGAUCGAGGAGAUGGUUUUGGGGAUAGGGAAGUCUAAGGUGGAGUUGAAUGGGGUUGAUAAAAUAUUACUUUAGAGGAAAAUCUAGCUCCAGAGGUGAACUUUCAAUACAGGGUGAUGUGUAAAAAGAGAACUGCAUUUAUCAUGAUGUGGGGGAAUGUUAAUCUGUUAAUUUUCUAUGAAUUAAUUAAUUUCCAAAAAAUAAAGUCUAACAAUUUUUCAGUAACAUUCAAAUGUGUAUCGUCUGCGAUUA